AUGACUGCCCCUGCCAUGCGCCGAAACUCUCUUCAAUGGCAUGAAUCCACCUACUUAUCCCCCAGUAUAGCUUACGAGCUACUCAAGUCUCAGCGCCGUCUGAAAUCUGUCGAGGCACCAUGCGAACCCUCCUCUCCCAAGCUCUGCACUUUUGAUGGAGCGUCGGACCAGCCUCCCGAUGAGCCACCUGCUAGGAUAAACACGACCGUGCCCACUUACACCGUCAAGCCCAACUUUGCGCCCGGGCAAUAUAUAUGGACACCCGAAGGUCCGGACACUCCCCAUGGUGCUAAAGGCAGGGAGAGCAUUGCAGGUUGUCGCAUCGGUGUCCCUGAUGGUGGUGGUCGAGCAUGGCUUGUGGUGACUGGGGGAUUCAUCAACUUUUUCAUUGCAUUUGGCCUCAUGAACUCGUUUGGAACCUUUCAGGCCAUGUACGAAUCGAAUCCGACGCCCUGGGAAAAUGCCAGACCGACCGACAUUAGCUGGAUCGGAAGUGCUCAGCAUUUCAUCUUCUUUGUUGGCGGCUUAGUGACUGGCCCCAUCUUCGACAAAUGGGGAGCCCGGCCACCGCUCUUUCUCGGCACCCUUUUUUGCCUGGUAUCAUUCCUGGGCACCAGUUGGUCGACGAGAUACUGGCAGUUCCUCCUCAACCAGGGAGUUUUUCUUGGCAUUGCCGAUGCUUUGAUCUUCUACCCCACGACAAGCGCAAUAUCCGAGUGGUUCAAUGAGAAAAGGGCAUUGGCGUUGGGAACAGCCGUAUCAGGCUCUUCGAUUGGUGGAAUGGUGUGGCCACUCCUCCUCAGCAACCUAUACGGCGUGGUACAGCCGAAACACCUCCAUCAAAUUGUAGCAGUAAUCACGACGCCUUUGCUGCUUCUGGGGUGCUGCUUUGUGCGAGAAAGAAAAGGAGUGGCGGCGCACGAUGCUGCUGGAAAUCAAGCCGAGCAGUCGCAAAGAAGCAUGCGAAGUGCUAUACUGGACUUGCGCUUCAUCCUCUUGAGCUGCUCUCUGCUUGUCCUAUACGCCGGUAUUUUCAUACCAUUCAGCUUCAUUCCCAAGUACGCCCUCGACAAUGGAAUCUCGAUGGAUUUUGCGAACUAUCUCCUCACAAUCACAUACGGCGGCUCAUUUAUAGGGAGAAUUGGUUCUGGUUGGCUUGCAGAUCGAUUCGGAAGAUUCAACGUCCUGUCUCUCAUAGCAUCUCUGGGGAGCAUUGUGACGUUUUUCUUGAUCUGGAUGACGACUGUGCCGGCCAUGAUUGUCUUUGCCGUUCUGUAUGGCAUCUUGUCUGGUGGGCUAGUCCCAUUAGGUUCUGCCUGCGUUGCCCAAACGACUGCGGACAUGGGACAUAUUGGCUGGCGGAUCGGCGUCAUGAUGGCCAUCUGUGCAGUUGGUGCCAUAGGAGGACCUCCCCUUGGUUUCGCCCUAAAGGCCGCCACAUCAAGCUGGAUCCCUGUGCACGCAUUUGCGGCAUUGGUGGCUUUGCUGGGGGCUCUGUCCAUAUUCGCGGCAAAGCUUCUCUGGCAGCCCGGUCGUUUGGGCAAGUUUUGA